GACUCUUGAAGAGAGGCUUUUAGGCAAUGAGCUGAAAAAGUCGCAUUUUUUGUGCCAAUACGACUCGGCUUCCACGUGCCACUCCUUGCCCUUCCACUAUUGCCUUCCAUUUUCUCCGUUUUUCUUCUUCUUCUUUUCCCCUUCCCCAAAUCCCACCGGCGACCCUCCGACCCAUCUCCAUCCGCCUCUUUUUCCGGCUGUCAAACUCCCAUUUCUCCUUUUUCUCCUUUUCCUCUGGUGGGAUUUCGAAGGGUCGAUUCGGUAACCACGGGGAAGUUCGAAGGUUAGGGCUUUUCUUCACUUGGGCCUCUCUGAAAAUGGAGACUUCCUCCUCCAAUUCUGAUCCUUACUCCAAUUCUUCUUCACCCACAACUGCUCGUACCUCCUCCAGAUUUGGCUUAUCCCUCCCUUCUCUCAAUUUCUUCCGUUCCCCUUUGUCUGUCAUCUUGGAUUACUCUGGAAUUCUUCCCACUAGAGCUGUUCGUGAUGAAUCCGACCCUGUAAUUAACGCUGCUGCUACUCCUGAUUUGCGGGGUUUUUCUCAAAAUCAGAAUCACUUGAUACCCACUUCUUCUUCUUCUUCUUCUGUUACAACUUCUUCCGCUAAUACUAUUCCUUCUGGGGAGGUUUCGAUACGGAUUAUUGGGUCUGGUGAGCAAGAUCCUUCUCCUAGUGCCUUGUUGCCAAAUCAGGUUGGUUAUGAGCAAAAUGGUAGACUUCCUGUUUCUGGGGAUCAGCCGGAAUCCCCUGAUGAGGAACGAGUUCCAUUGGUGUCUACUGCUUCUUCGUCUAUUCAAUCUGGAGGCAGUCGUGUUGAUGGAGAAUCUGGAAAUGGAAUGGAAGAGAGUGUCAAUAGAGAUUCUUCUUACCAGAGAUAUGAUAUUCAGCAGGUUGCCAGAUGGAUUGAACAAAUUCUUCCAUUCUCUUUGUUAUUGCUGAUUGUCUUUAUCCGUCAGCAUUUAGAAGGGUUUUUCAUCACAAUUUGGAUAUCAGCUGUUAUGUAUAAGUCAAAUGAUAUUGUCAAGAAACAGACUGCUCUAAAGGGGGAGAGGAAAAUUUCUGUCCUUGCUGGAACUUCCAUUACGUUUUUGGUUCAUGUAAUUGGGAUUUACUGGUGGUGUCAUAGUGACGAUCUUCUAUACCCCUUAGUCAUGCUUCCACCAAAGACUGUUCCUCCUUUUUGGCAUGCCUUGUUCAUCAUUUUGGUCAACGAUACAAUGGUGAGGCAGUUUGCAAUGGCUCUCAAAUGUUUUCUUCUUAUCUACUACAAGAAUGGCAGAGGCCAUAAUUUUCGUCGGCAGGGUCAAAUUUUAACUCUUGUGGAAUACACUCUUCUAUUGUACCGUGCAUUAUUACCAACACCUGUAUGGUACCGAUUCUUCUUGAAUAAAGAUCAAGGGAGCCUCUUUUCGUCAUUGACAACAGGAUUGUAUUUAACUUUCAAGCUAACGUCUGUUGUUGAGAAGAUUCAAUCAUUUGUUGCUGCAUUUAAGGCACUAUCACAAAAAGAAGUCCAUUAUGGAUCAUAUGCCACUUCAGAACAGGUAAAUGCUGCGGGAGAUCUUUGUGCUAUUUGCCAGGAGAAGAUGAAUGCUCCAAUUCUAUUACGUUGUAAGCACAUCUUCUGUGAAGAUUGUGUUUCUGAAUGGUUUGAAAGAGAAAGAACUUGCCCUCUUUGCCGAGCACUGGUAAAGCCUGCAGAACUCCGUACAUUUGGUGAUGGCUCGACCAGCUUACUCUUCCAAUUGUUCUAGACAAAAAUUUUUCGAUUUCCCGACAUAACAAAUCUAUCAGUUUAACAAGGGAAGAUAUUGAUUAUUGAACGAAAAGGGGGAAGAACAAAGAUAAAAGGGAGAAAGAAGAAGAAAGAGGAAAAACAAAACAUCCAGGCAAUCCUGAAGAUAUUGUGAAAUUCAAAGUUGGAUUAGUAUUAUGUUGAUGCUUUAUAAUCUCAUUGUGAUGAGUUAGAUCCCCAAACAGAAGAUGGAUUUAAUAAAAUCCCAUUUCAUUGAAUACAAUGAAAUCUAAUUUUUUUAACAGAGGAAAGGGCUCCAACUGUGAGAACUGCAAUGUUAUAUGAGAAUUGAUAGAGAAUAAGUGUAAUCCAAUCCUUAAAGAUGAUUAUUCCUUGUAAUUUAGGUAUGGAGAGGCUGCCAUGUGAAUUUGGUGGUCAGUCUCCAUUCGUGAUGUAAACACAGAAAUGGCAAUGAUUUUUAUGUCUAGUAAUUGUUUAGAAAAAAAAUCAUUUACUUUC